CACGCGGCCACAGCGAAGAGCGAACCCUGGCAGCCACCGCCAGGCGCCAAUCUCCCGAGGAAGCGACGAGCUGAGGAGUCCGACGUCCCGAUCCGGCGACCCCCACCACGCGCCGCCACCGCGCCGGUCCGCCACUGAGAACCCCGGCGACCUCCACCGCGCGCCGCCGCUGGUCCGCCAUUGUCGGUUACCCUCCUCUGUCCUCUGUCCUCUCCAGUCCCUCCUCCUCGGUUCUGUUCGGUUAUAGCCGGAACCGAACCGAUUUUUUCGGUAACCAACUGAAAUUGAUUGAUUGUGACCUAUUAGGAUGUCAGUAGUUAGUGCUUGGUUUGUCUCUGUGUCAAAAGGCUGGACUUUGCCAGUGCUGUUUCGUUCUCUGCCGCUAUUCUGAGUUUUUAAUGCUAUCUUAUUGAACAUUUGAACCAUGUGUAUGUGUUCCUUAUUAUACUUAUCUAGUUCAUUAUUGGAAGUCUGGAAGAUAUCAUAGUCAAUGUGCCGGAUUGUGAAUCAGAAUUACUGUCUUUGCCUGCUUUGUUGUUCUGUACUUCAGUUGGAUGCGUUGGCAGACAUGCCUAUGGGUGACCGGUGGCUGCAGACGACUAGCACGAGUGAUGUUCUUUACCGUCGCUGGUGGCGGGUACAUCUGUGGGCUUUAUUUUACUGUUGGGGAUGGGCAUUGGCAUGGCGACCACUACCUGUGCCCAAGCCAUCACUGUUAUAGCACAAAAACUGAUUGGUUUGUUGUAAUUGGCUGCGGUGGAUUGAUUGGGUAAUGUACUUAGUUUUCAGCCCAUCAGCAGGCUGCUAAUCUCCGGUGCCUACGUAUCUAUACCUGCUAAUGAGUUAUGACUCUUAUCUCAACUCAUCUUAGCUUCUCUCCUCUCGCCUCCUCCUGGCUCUCUGUUUGUGUGAAUGAUGAGGUGAGCUGAGGGCAUUCCUCUCUGUACUUUGGCCCACGCUAUAAAACCAAAACUGACUCUGGAAAACCGCUGCAACAUUGAUCGUGUCAUGAUGCACCCCAUCCCAAAUCCAUUGUCUUCUCUUCCUCCUCGGGUGAGAAUUAAAUAUAUAUUUUUCUGGCUGGGACAUCCUUCUAUUGGAUAAGUAUUUUUUUGGGUAGGUCGGCGUAGCAAAGAUGUCCACAGUGCUGACGUCAAUGCAUUAGUUAUAAACAUUGUUUGUUGAGGCGGAUGGAACUCUAGAAGGAUAUGGUAGCGAAUUUUUAGCUGAUUAGCUCUGCAUGGAAGUUGUCUUUUUCUUUCCUAACUCUGCUUCACGUGUUGUAAUAAGACCAUAUUAACUAAGCAACUCGUACGAGAAUCUCGAAAUCCGUGACCUGCCUCAGUAGAUGGGAGGCAGAUAUUUCACAUUAACUAGUUACUCCCCUUGCACUCUUCGGAAGCUUGACGCUUUAGACAAGGGUCUAGUCAAACUCUAGGAACUUUGGUUACGUCUAUUUUUGAAAACAUUGGACCUUUGGAAUGAUAUGUGUUUGAGUUGUCUUGAUAAGUACUUCUACCAUACCAUAACUUUAUUAGGUUUUACAUAUUCAUAUUAAUAGUAAUUAGUGGUCAAUGGUAUACAUUUUAUGGACUGUUUAGAUGUCCAAAAUGCCAAACUUCCGAAGACUGGGGAGAGUGUAUUUUGUACUUUUAUCAUUGGAAACAAUUGUUUUCUGAUCACUGCAGGAUAAACUGUUCAGUUUAUUAACAUAAAGGGAAGGUUUAAGUUUCUUCAAGUACAGGUUACUUGCAUGCAAUUUAAGCAAAAUUCUUCAAUGUACGGGAAAAUAAUUUCACUUUUUCUUGUGUGGGGACCAUAGUUUUGGCAGCGAAGAUGCUGAAAGUUAAGCGAAUAGCUAGAGGCUCAAAAGGAUGGAAAGGAAACCGUAAGCGGGUAAAAGAAGUACCCAGCAUCUUCAGUGAUCGUGAAGCUGUGGCGGAGAACCCCAGUCAAGAACUUUGUUGUAAUGAACUCAGUCAAGAACUUGCUACAAAGUUAUCCCCAAGCAUUGUCUCACUUGCUUCAUUUGAUGGUGACAAGAUGCAUUAUAAAAGCACAGGCAUAGUUAUUGAGAACAGUGCACUUGAUACAGGUAUUCUGACCUCGUCUGCUUUGGUGUGCACAUCAGAUAGUGAGCGCAGGUUCAUGUAUACACUGAAGAUAAAAGUGUACCUUCCAAAUGACCUAGUGGUCGAAGGGUGUAUACGACGUUAUGAUUUGCCGUCCAGUAUGGUUAUUAUAUUAAUAAAUGCAUUCUCCCCUGAUCUUUCUACAGCAUGUUUCAGUAACACCGUGCAAGUCGAGCCACAUUCUGAAUUAUUAGCUGUUAAGCGUUGUUUCGAGUCAGGCAAAUUAAUGGUAACACGUGUGGUACCAAGCGACAGUCAUAGUGAAGUUGGCACGAAAUUGUUUCUGUUCUCCACAUGCAAAAUCACUAUGGAUGGCAGUGGUGGUCCACUUGUUGAUUCUGAUGGGAACUUUCUUGGGAUGAAUGACUACCAUGAUCAGGAAGGGACUCGAUAUGUGCAAGGAAAUAUAAUUGGUGAAUGUUUAAAUGGUAUUUGGUUUCGGGAGUAUCUGCGAAAACAUCACAUUAAAAAUCGUUUGAAGCCCCGUCUAGAAGGUAGCUCCAGUGAAAAUAGCUCAAGUAGGGCAAGUGCAAGUAAGAACAAGAGACAUGGUGUACCUUUUGUCCUUGAGCCACAAGCAUCAGAACUCACUGAGGAUACGCAUCUGCGUACUCUACCUCCCUGGCCAUCUAAUUACUUUACGAAGAUGAUAAAUGAUGUCUUAAAGUAUGAUGGUUAUCCCUUACCAGCUUAUGCUGAUGGACGAGGCAUGCAUCUAGUAGGUGAUUUUGAAGAGGAAUUUGGCAGAGAUAUCUUGAGUGAACCCGCUAGUAGAGUUGCCUUAAAGAUGUCUCGAUGUGUUGUUGCACUUGCUUCAUACAAUGACACGGAAAGGCAUUUUGCUUGCACGGGUGUAUUUAUUGACUGCAAUGAAUCCACCACAAGAGUUCUGACUUCAGCAAGCUUGAUUAGAACUUCUGGUGACGAAAACAAGAUCGUUGAUAACUUGAGGAUUGAUGUGUGCCUUCCAAGUAACAAGUGUAUUCAAGGGAAAUUAGAAAAAUACGAUUUCUGCUAUAAUGUUGCUGUUAUCAGCAUUACCAGGUUCCGCAAUAAUCGUUCAGCGAUGUUAGUUGAAGAACCUCAAACUGAGCCUCGCGCAGCAAUGUCAGUUGAAGCACCUCAAACUGAGGUAGUAGCUCUUGGGCGUGUCUUUAAAUCAGGCAAUUUUAUGGCCACAGAGGGGUUAGUGACUGGCGAACAAUGCAAAUUUGAUUGCAAAAGGCUUAAGGUCUCCACUUGCAAAAUCACCAAGGCUGGAAUUGGAGGGCCUCUUUUUGAUUUUAAGGGGAACUUUGUUGGCAUGAACUUCUAUGAUACAGAAGGAACUCCUUACCUACGAAGUAACAUGAUUCUGGAAGUAUUGAGGAGUUUCAAUGCAGAGCGGACUGUUGCUGCCGGUAAUGCAGAGAUGCCUGAUUACAGGUGGCCUGUGCCAAAGCCAUAUUGGCAUUAUUCGAGCCAUCACGAACCCCGCGAGGAGAUUCAGCCAGGAAUGGAAGAAUUACAGUGAAGCUAUUGAAGCAAAUGGACUCUUGUAUUAUGGUGUCGGAGGAAGAGUGGUGUGCUCAUAUUUUCGUUUGAACAGACGUGUGCUACAGUAUUGGCAGGAUAGUAGUGGUGGUAAACAUUGCUAACGUUGUUAUUGCAAAUGACAGGAUAGUAGUGGUAACAUUGUUGAUGAUGUUAAUGCUGUGAAACCGCACAAGUAGAAACGCAUUAGGCAACA